AUGGACAGCAUCUGCAAAGUUUUAAACGUCUCAGAUGAAAUUCAUGAUCCUUUGAUUCCUCCAGAAAAGGCCACAAAAGAAGAAAGGCUAGGGUUCGGGCGAAAACUACCGGAGCUUGAUAUACUCAACUCUGAAAACUUGACAAAGCAAUUCCACGGUCGAGUGCUCGAAUUCCUUAACAAUGGAUGCAGCUCUCAGUUCUACUUGAUAUGGCUCUCACCGGCAAAGUCAUUUGGGAAACGAGACUUCUUGGCUAUGGACACCCUCUUCAAAUCCAACCCUCAAGGCUGCUUGAUGAUCGUAUCGAAAUCCAUGGAUUCGGAAAGAGGGUACAGAAUCCUGAAACCAUUGCUGGACAAAGGCUUCAAAAUACUAGCAAUCACGCCUGACUUGCCCUUUUUGGUCAAGAACACGCCGGCUGAAUCUUGGCUUGAGGAAUUGAAGAGCGGGAGGAAGGACCCAGGUCACAUCCCAUUAUCUCAAAACCUAGCAAAUCUUAUUAGGCUCGCAAUGCUGUACAAGUAUGGAGGCAUAUAUUUGGACAUUGACUUAGUAAUAUUGAAGGAUUUUUCGAGUCUGAGGAAUGCAGUUGGAGCACAAAGUGUAGGCAAGGACUCCAAACAAUGGACCAGACUAAAUGGUGCAGUGAUGAUCUUCGAUAUAAACCAUCCGAUUCUGGUAGACUUUUUAGAAGAAUUUGCUACAACUUUUAAUGGGAACAAAUGGGGUCACAAUGGACCUUACUUGGUUUCGAGGGUAAUUGAGAGAGUUGGAAGCACACCAGGUUACAACCUUACAAUCUUGCCUCCCAAGGCAUUUUAUCCCGUGGACUGGAAUCGGAGUCAAGAGCGGUAAAUCACACUUAAUGAGCUAAAUGAAAUGGAGACUUAUGCAGUGCACCUGUGGAAGCGAAGUAGAGAAAUCGCCAUCCAAGAGGGAAGUGUCAUGGCUAGAUUAUGUUGGAAUUUUUGGAUCGCCGGGUCCGCCCCACUCUAA